UUACCAAAUGUUAAAUUCAAAACUUUAAAAAUACAUAGAAACUAACGUGAAAUUAAAGACAAACGUAAAAGCUUACUAGUACAGAUUAGGAAUCGAAACCGUCUGGAGUUUAUCCCAGUUCUGAAAUUUGAAAACACAUACAAGAAUGGAGUCUUCACAUGAACCUCUUGUUGGUCUACCAAACAUAACUGACCUAACAAAACAACACAUAGACAUAGGGUUUGUAGAUCAACACUUAAGAACCAAACAACACCUUAAUAUUGAAUCCACUCAACUUGUUCUCUCUCAAUCACUCACUCAACAAUGCUCUCACCUUCACUCUUAUCUCCUUAACCGAAUCACCAAACGCACCGUUUCAUGGAUUUCUCGCUCCUUCAAAUCCAAUUCCUCCUUCCAUCACCUCACUCUCUGCCUCCAAAAUCUCUCCCUCCUCACUUCUCCCCAUGGAGUUGGUUCCAAAAGGUUUCGUUGGGUUUUGAGUGACGAGCUUCCGCGAUUGGCUAAAGAAUUGAACCGACUUCAGUCUAUUCGGACUUAUCUUGAGGUUGCUGUACAGUUAGAAGCUUUGGUGGGAGAUGUUGAAGAUGCCGCCCUCUUUGUCAUGGCUGGCAAUAUGUUUUCAUCAAAGCUCUCAGUUUCAUCCGUUUCUCAGGAUAAUACAAGAAAGCAUGGCAAGUUGCUUCAGGCCAUAAAAGCCAUGAAUGAUAUUGAACAACUAUUGGUCACCAUUGUGAAAUUCCAUCCUCAAUGGAAGUGUCUUCUGAGGUCUGUUGAUGUUAGAGUAGAUAAGAUCUUGGCUGCUCUUCGCCCACAAGUUUUUGCAGAUCAUCGGGCUCUUCUUGUCUCUCUUGGCUGGCCGCCAAAACUGCUACAAUCAGAAAACAGAAGCGAGCAAAUAACAAGCCUUCCUAACCCACUUGUUCUCAUGCAAGAAAAUAAAAAAAGAAAUUACUCUCAAAGUUUUAUAGCUAUUUGUGCUUUACAGCAUCUGCAAGAUAAAAGAGAAGAGAGACAUCUUAAUAGUAAUCUUAUAAAAAGAGAGAACCAGAACUUACGACUUUGGGCUAUUGAUGAACUCGUGUCUCCUAUAGCAUCAAGGAUGGAAUACCAUUUUGGAAAAUGGACCGAGCAGCCAGAAUAUAUGUUUGCCCUGGCAUAUAAAGUUACUCGGGAUUUUAUUACUGGAAUAGACAAUGUCUUGCAGCCUCUCAUUGAUAAGGCAAGGCUUAUCAGUUGUAGUGCAAAGGAAGCUUGGGUCUUUGCGAUGGUUCAAAUGCUUUCUGGAUUUCUAAAAAAGAAAGUUUUCUCUUCGCUUGCUGAAGGAUACAGCGUAAAGCAUUUGAAACCUGACGUGUCGUCUUCGUGGCUUCACCUCGUAGACCUUAUCAUUGCUUUUGACAAAAGGAUGCAAUCUCUUGUCAAUCUAGAUACUUGUUUAUUGGCUGAGUCUGGAAAUUUUGAAGGACCCUCAAGAGGUAUGUCGGUUUUAACGAUAUUCUGUGAUAGGCAUGAUUGGCUGAAGAUCUGGGCAAAACUGGAAUUCAAAAAUGCUUGGGCAAAACUUAAUACAGAGCUGAAAGAGGAGAAAACAUGGAUGGUUUCUACCAAAUGUAAAUCUGGGAUUGACACUGAUCUGGAACAUCUGUUGUCUACUAUAGAAGAUCACAAAGCUCCCCCUAUUGCAGAGUUGUUCCUUAAGAUUAUUUGGGAAAUGAUUGAACGUUGCCAAACUGUGCCGUCCAUUUUAUUACGUGCACAAUUUAUUAGAUCUGCAGCAGGAAGAUUCCUCUGGUAUUUCUUUAAGAUAAUGCUUUUGCGGUUCAAGUCAACUGAAUUAUCACCUCAUAGUUCUGAUGAUGGUACGAUAGUUAGAGCAUGUGGGUUGAUAAAUGCUGCCAGGUAUAUUUGGAUUAAGCUGCAAGAAUGGAGUGACGCUGUAGAUUUUUUGGAGAUGAAGAUUGCGGAAAAUGAUUCUUGCAAGAAAAUACAAGAUGAUACUAGGGAUAAUGACUGCUUUUUUGAUGAAGAAGUAAGAAGCUUGUCUGAAAUGGAAACUAACUGGCUGGUGGAAAUUAUUGCGGUUAUUCUUCGGCAAUUUGAAACACUUUCUUGGAAAUAUAUUCAAAACAACGAUAACUUUGAGGGAGAUCAAGGUUAUACAAAUCUAGUUGUUUCAAGAGAGGCUAUUGAUUUAGCUGUUUCCAAUGAUUUUGUUGAAGCUUUAGAUGCUUUAAAAAGUUGGCUAUGUAUUGUGAAGAUAAAUCUCAACAGAAAGGAUUUCUUAGAUUUAUGGAGAAGCAUUGCCGAAGGGCUAGAUCAUUUUAUUUCAAGCAGCAUUUUAACAAGUGAGAUUCGGUUCCCUAAGAUUGGGAUCAAUCAAUUUGAUGCUGAUAUGCAAGCUUUGAUAUUUAUUUUCAAGCCUUUUUGUGCUCGCCCGCAUGCAUUUUUCCCUUGUAUUAAUGACAUUCUUAAGUUGCUAAAGCUAAAAAAGUAAGAGGCAAAUCUUAUUCAAGCAAGGGUUACUAUCCAAUGAUGAAAGUUGAUACAAAUGCUUGCAUCUUCAUGGAAUUUCUCAUCUAUCAGUUAAUCAAGUUCUUAAAUACAGAAAUUGAGGCGGCACUUAAUUUAUGGUAUAUCUAGUGUUGGUGAAGAAAUUUUGGCCAACUGAGAUAGUACUCUUUUCAUAUGUUUGGAUCAGCUUUUCAGCCCCCAUUCGCUCUCCAAUGAAAAUUUUAACGUGAUUUUGUGAUGCUAGGAAA